AUGGAUGAUGGCUCGGAGCCAGCGGCUAAGAGACGCAGGGGGCAAGAAGAUACUGAUAAGACACCAAGAGCCCCUCGAAGUCAGCGAACGAGGGGAUUUCCAACAACAUCAGAUGCCCCAGGCUUUGCGCGAGAUGCUCAAGCCCACUCGGUGACAGCAUCGCAAUCAACGCAAUCGCAAGCAUCUGGUCGCUCGUCACCUUCGAAGCAACUCGCAUCACUUGAGAUCAGUCCCAGCGGGUUCGAGCCGCGCGAGUUCACCGUGGACGAUGUUGAUUUGCCACGGCAACUUUGCGACAUACUCGAUGGGCUACAGGAUAUUAAGAAUAGCGCAUUCGGGAUUAUCUCACGCGAUUUCGAGGAGGAAAUCACCAAACUUGCCAAAACCGAUCGUCAAUUUUCUCGGGUCCGAAGCCACAUGUUUGCGGACCCAAGCGUUCGCGAUAAAUUCGGCCCUACACCUUCUCCCGAGGACGCGCGGAGCUUGGCUACGGCAGCAGCCGAUUGCCACGUUACAGUGCAAAACGAAGCUGGAUGGAACAUGAUGGUACACUAUCCUCUCUUAUCCCUGGCCGUUUAUGGCUCCCAGCGUCAAAAACAGCUCGUUGGAGUCGCGCCUUGCACAACUGCGAAGAUCAUCCAGGAGUAUCUUCAAUCGCCAACACAAGCCAAGAUGAUUGACUUUUGCAUCUAUCUCGAUCCAAAGGAUAACGCAUCACAAGUCGAAGAGGCGCGGAGGAUUUUACCAUGCGGCUAUGUCAAUCACACUGACUUUUAUUCGUUGCGCAAUCGUCCCAUCGCUCUGAGCAUUGAGACCAAGGGCGCGAGUAGUACGCCAGCAGGGUCUGCUGAGUUGCAGAUAGGGACAUGGCACUCAGCGCAGUGGCGGUUUCUGGAAGACCUGGUUUCACGCAAUGCUGGUUCUAUGGAUGGGCUGCCGUUUUUACCUGCUAUCAUCGUCCAGGGACAUCAGUGGAGUUUUGCUGCCACGACAAGAGAGGGGCAGAAGACGGUCUUGUGGCUACCAUUCCAGUUUGGUUCGACAGAUGAUGUGAUAGGUGUUUAUAAGACUGUCUUGGGACUUCAGCAACUAUGUCGCUGGGUUGAUGGUGUCUUCUGGCCAUGGUAUAAGAGAAACGCGCUGAGUAUAUCAGAGGAUAGGGAUUAUACAUCAUAG